UGAUCAUCACUAUUUCAUGAAUAAAACAAGGGGGGGGGGGCGGCGUCAAGGAAAGAAAGUUACUACUGAGCUGCAUCACAGGAUAUGUGGUGAAGGAGAUGAAAUCACCUUCUCGCCUCAUUUACAGGAAUAAACAGCUGCUCAGUUUUAUUAAUCAGAAAUAACAGGGAGUCUCCAGAAAGCAGGGACAGGCGGUGUCUGUGUGCCCCCGUCAGAGGGGCUCUAAAGAGGAUAGCCAUAUAUAUUGCACCAUGACUGCUACUUCUGUUUGUUUUCUGGUAAAUGUGCUGCAGGCACAAUGAGCUGAUUCAAGUUUCUCUUUUCUCAAAGCUUGUUAUUGAUUAAGUAAAAAGGGACGGCAACUUGCUUUUGUUGUGCAGCUCCGUGUUGCACGCUGAAUAACUGGGCGGUGGAACAAGUAAAAGUCCUUCAUUCAAGUCUUAAAGUGUGUCACCCAGGCGAGGUUUUCCACACUUCACUGGGAAACGGGCCUUUUCCCCAAACUCUGAAAUUUCUUUGUAUCUCUUGUCAUCAACAUUUCCUGUAAUCAGAGUUCGGACGCCUCCGACAAACCAUGAAAACAACCAAAAGUGCAUGAAAGCAAUCAGAAGUGUUCGCCACAGUAUUUCCACACGUAGCCAAUCGUUCUGUCCUAAAAAGACUCGCUACUUCAUAACGUCUAAUCCUUUAUAAUUGAUUAGUAAUCGGUAUAAAAGUGUCUUUCUUAGAAAUUGGUUCCUGAAAUGUGUCUAAGUCACAUGAGAACCUGAACGAAUCGUUAGCGGUGCCUCUCAGGGAUAUAAUGUGCGGAGGCAGCGCCGUCAGACACAUUUCAGACCUUCUCAAGACGCUUCACCAACAUGAACACCAUUUUCUUCAUCGGCCAAAUCAUUGGCAUCGUCCCCAUCUCCGCCUUCGUCUUCUUCCUCGUCGCCAAGCUGGUUUCCGCCACCUGCCGCAGCAGCAGCCAUGUGCAGGACGGUUACGGCAGCGCGGUGCUGAUCACGGGCUGCGACAGCGGCUUUGGACACCAGCUGGCUCGCUGUUUGGACCACAAAGGGUUUGUGGUCUUCGCUGGGUGUUUGUGUCCGGAGGGAGCCGGUGCCCAGAGUCUGGCCAGACAGAGCUCCAGUAAUCUGAAGAUCCUCAAGCUGGACGUCACCAGUGAUGAAGACGUGCUGCAGGCGAAGAAGAUGGUCCAGGAGAACCUGCCAGUGAAAGGACUCUGGGCGGUCGUGAACAACGCUGGCAUCUCAGAAUGGGCCGAGAUCGAGUGGAGCUCCAUGGAAGACUUCCAGCACGUGAUCAACAUCAACCUGUUCGGCUCCGUCAGGACGUCCACCGCCUUUCUUCCUUUGGUUCGUGCCGCUAAAGGUCGGAUGGUUUACAUGUCGAGCAUCUUCGCCUUCUUCAACUGCCUGAACAUGGGGGCUUACAGCGUGUCCAAGAGGGGGCUGGAGGCGUUCGCAGACUGCCUUCGGGUUGAAAUGGCCAGUUUUGGUGUGAAGGUCAGCAUCGUCCAGCCGGGAAACUUCGGCCAAGCCACGAACAUCCUGAAGAUGAAGACGGGUUUGGAUAUUUGGGAGAAAUUAGACGACGAGCGUAAGCAAAUCUUCAACCGACAGUACAUCGAGCUGGCCAACGAGUACUUCAUGUCGACGUGCAUGUCCGGGUUCAAGGACGCCGACAUGGUCAUCGACGCCAUGUUGCACGCCGUCACGUCCGCUCAGCCGAAAUCCAGAUACCUGCUGGCGUCAGCCACGGAUAAGUUCUUCUUCCAGCUCUUCCCUUUUCUCCCCACCUUCCUCACCGACAGCGUGUUUUCUCUCAGCUCCAUGUACGCCAAGAGAAAAGAAAUGCUUUACACCAAGUAGGAAACGUUUCAGGAAGAAUGUGCAUGUGUUUAUAUCAUUCUCUAUUUAUUGGAUGUUUAGAUGAAGUAGUUUGUGAAGUUCUUUCAGAGCUGAUGUUGAACUGUUGCUAUAUAUCCAUUAGACAUCUACAUUUGUGUAUUUUUAUAUUUUUAAUAUGUUUAACCAACGUGUGUGUGUGUGUGUGUGGUGUGUGUGUGUGUGUGUGUGUGUGUGUGUGUGUGUGUGUGUGUGUGUGUGUGUGUGUGUGUGUGUGUGUGUGUGUGUGUGUGUGUGUGUGUGUGUGUGUGUGUGUGUGUGUGUGUCGCUGUGUUAGAAUAAAAGAGAAUAUGGAGCCAGUUUGUGUGACACUUUGUUUUUUAUAUUCUUUGUUAUAAUCACUUGAUUUGAGAACAAGAGUGAAAUCUGAAGAGAUCACAAUCUCAGCUCCUGGUAUUUACAUGUAUAUUACCAUAUUUUCAAUUUCAAUAUGUUAUGUGUGAGAAUAAAGUCCAAACGUUGAGAAUAAAGUCGAAAUAAUAAGAAAAAUGUUGAAAUAAUGAGAAAAAUGUUGAAUAAAGU